GAGCUGGUGAUCAAUGGAGGCUUCAAGGAUACACUGAAGGUGUGGUCAUCUGACACAUCACGACAAGAUAUAAGAGAGCUCGCAUCAGAUCAUGAAGAGGCAGAUACGAGAAUAGUACUGCAUGCCCGAGACGCAGCAGCAAGAGGGUACAAGCAAGUCAACAUUUUGUGUCGUGAUACGGACUUUCUUGUCCUCCUUUUGGCACACCGAGAGCAGCUUUGUCAAGAGAUAUGGAUCUUGGCGGGUACAUGAAGACAAAGGCGUUACAUACCAGUUCACAGAAUCCCGCUCUCUGAGGAGAAGAGGAAGUCGCUUCUGGCAUUUCAUGCCAUUAAUGGCUGUGAUACGACAAGCCAGUUCUCUGGUAAUAAUAAUAAUAAUAACAAUAAUAAUAAUAAUAAUAAUAAUAAUAAUAAUAAUAAUAAUAAUAAUAAAAUAUUUAUAUAACGCCUAUAUGGUAUGGGAAAGGCAUCGGCAUGGAAAGUCUUCGAAGAUGCACCUGACCUCUUGGAACACCUUAGAGAAGAAAGCCAAAUCAGUGCUGACGUUCUUGCCAAAGCUGAAGCCUUUGUAUGCAAACUCUACAAUCCGGGAAAACAAGAGGUGGAAAUCAACAAAGAAAGAGCAGCAGCGUUUCGCAAAUCCAAGAAAGAUCUUGACCCCCUACCUCCGACUCAAGAUGCACUAACCCUUCGAGAAAAGCAUUAG